AAUACUAAAUUACCAUAGCUAAGUGAAUUAAUACAGUAUAUAGAACAUGAUUAUCGAAUUAAAAUACCAAUAUCAUGUAAAAAUUGUUACUGAGAACUAUUUUUUUUUUUGGUUAAACAAGUAGCAUUUUUUUCAUUAAAUACGUAUAUAAAAAAAAUAAAAACAAACCUGAUCCAAUGAAAAUCCAAAUGAAGAAAAUAAGUGGCUACGAUUCUCCAAACACUGGAUAGCCCAUUCAACUCAACUCACUCAUUUCUUCUCCAUUCACAAUAAUCUCAUUUCCAAACUCAAAUCCAAACACCAAACUCAAACUCAAACUCAUCAAUGGCGGCACUACAGCAAACCCCAAUCUCAUUCCGCUCAAAACUCCCUCCACCAAUCACCUCCGCCGCCACAACCUUCCCCAAAACCCUCUCCCUCUCCCUCACACGCCGCUUCCCAGUCCUCCGCCGCAACAUCGGAGCUAGAAUGUCAGCUUCAGCAGCUUCAAGCUACGCCGUGGCUUUAGCCGACUUAGCCAAGUCGAACAACACACUCGAAGCCACCAGCGCCGACGUUGAGAAGAUCGAUAAGGUGUUCUCGGACCCUUCGGUGUUCAGUUUCUUCAUGAAUCCAACGAUCGAAGAAGAAAAGAAGCGGAAAAUGAUCGACGAGUUAGCUGAAUCGAUGAAUCUCCUUCCUCACAUGGCGAAUUUCCUCAAUAUCCUCAUCGAUUCGAGGAGAAUCGAUCUGAUUAACGAUGUGACUAAGGAGUUCGAGAGGGUUUAUAAUGGAAUGACGGAGACUGAAUUGGCGGUGGUUAGUUCGGUGGUGAAGCUUGAAUCUCAACACUUGGCUCAGAUCGCUAAGACGGUGCAGAAAUUGACCGGAGCUAAGAAUGUUCGAAUCAAGACGGUGACUGAUCCGAGCUUGGUGGCUGGAUUCACAGUUAGGUAUGGAAAUUCUGGUUCGAAACUUAUUGAUAUGAGUGUGAAGAAACAGCUUGAAGAAAUUGCUGCUCAGCUUGAUUUGAGUGAUAUUCCAGUUAAUGUAUGAGUUUUUUUUUUUUUAAUUAUUAUUAUUAAUUUUGAAAAUAAUUAUAAAUAUUAAAAAAAUAAUUUUUUUUAAUUAAUUGUAUGCUAUUAAUAAUAUUUGCAAUGAUUAUAAUAUUUGUAUAUCCAUUCCUA